CUAAACCAAGGGAGAAAUCGCUCCCGCUUGUCUGGGUCCUUCCGUACGUCACGUGACGGCAGUUAGCAGGUUGUGAGUUCAGCUGACCGGAGGCUCUCGUGAAGGGGGGAUUUUACCACUUCUGCUGCUGCUGCCGCCGCCGUUGUUGUUGUUUGUCGUAGUUUGUGAUGGUGUAGACCACAUUCACUGAAAAAUGGAGCGGUACGAGUCGGACACGGAAGGGGACGAACAGGAGACACCGCUGCUUCACCGAGGACACGAAGACAAAGUGCAGAGAGCCCCAGUAUGCUGUUCAUCCCGCUAUGGCCUGGCGUUGCUCUCCUCUUACGGUUUCUUCGUAGUCUACUCUUUGCGAGUGAACCUCAGUGUGGCGAUGGUGGACAUGCUUAACAACACCCACCAAUCCAGCGCCAACCACAGCGGCUCACUGUGUCCUGCUCAUGCCAACCCACCACGGCCCAAACACAACCACACGGCCAGUUUGUACGACUGGGAUUCUGAGACACAGGGCUGGAUCCUGGGCUCCUUCUUCUACGGCUACAUCCUGACACAGAUCCCUGGGGGCUACCUGGCUGGCCGCUUUGGACCCAAGUGGCUGAUGGGCUUUGGAAUCCUGGGAACUGUAGUUUUUACGCUGCUCACCCCUGUGGCUGCUGACCUGGGUGCAAGCUAUCUCAUUGCAGUCAGGGUGCUGGAGGGGAUAGGAGAGGGAGUCACAUUUCCUGCAAUGUAUACCAUGUGGGCAGCGUGGGCCCCGCCGCUGGAGAGAAGCCGCCUGCUCACCAUCUCCUACAUAGGAGCCCAGAUGGGGACAGUGAUAUCUCUUCCUCUGUCUGGUGAAAUCUGCUUCUACCUUGACUGGACCUACGUCUUCUAUGUAUUUGGUGCUGUUGGCCUGGUGUGGUUCGUCUUGUGGGCCUUCCUGGUCUUUGACAGUCCAAACACUCACCCACGGAUAUCAGAGCGGGAGAGACUCUACAUCACCACCUCACUCAAGAACGAGCUGUCCACAUCUGCAAACUACAUCCCCUGGCGAGCCAUAGUGACAUCCAGACCACUGUGGGCCAUUGUCGUGGCUCACUUCUCCUACAACUGGACCUUCUACACCCUCCUCACCCUGCUGCCGACCUAUAUGAAUGACAUACUUGGAUUCAGCAUACAGCAGAAUGGUAUGCUGUCAGCUCUGCCUUACAUGGGCUGUGCAGUGUUAGCAGUGCUGAGUGGCCAGGUUGCCGAUUACCUGCGGGAAACCUGCCAGUACCCCACAGUCACUGUCAGGAAGUCUUUCUCUUUUGUUGGUAUGAUUGGGCCGGCGGUGUUCCUGGUGGCAGCAGGGUAUACAGGCUGUAACUACACCUUGGCUGUGACCUUCCUCACCAUCUCCUCCUCUCUGGGCGGAGUGUCGGCCUCUGGCUUCAACAUCAACCACCUUGACAUUGCUCCUUCAUAUGCUGGCAUUCUGCUGGGAAUCACCAACACCUUUGCUACCAUUCCUGGCAUGGUGGGACCAGUCAUUGCAAGAGCCCUCACAACACAUAACACCAUAGAGGAAUGGCAGACUGUCUUCUACAUUGCUGCUGCCAUCAACCUUUUUGGAGCGUUGGUCUACACUGUGUUUGGCCGAGGAUCAGUGCAGCCCUGGGCUGUCCAGUCUUCCUACUCUCAUGGAGACUGAGGCAGAAGACAAGUACCGAACUCGUGCAUUUGAUGAUUGAGAUUUGUCUGAUCGACAAAUCUCAAUCAGGGGCUUCUUCAAUGGGUAUUUAGAGGGGGAGACAUGUUUCAGAUGUACUGAUACUUCUCAAAGCACAGAUAAAUAACAGUGAGUAACAGCCAUUCAAGGAUAUUCUAUAGUUUAAGGAUAAUCUAUACUGUGAAUGCGGAGUCUGUUGACAGAUGAACCUGCAGUCACAGUAGUGAAAAAAGCAGAUUGCACUUUUAGUUAAGCAGAAAUGCUUUGGGGGCAAAAAUAAUUGAGCAGAAACACAGAAUGUACCUCCAAAAUUUUCAGAGGCUUUGUAUGCCUUAGUAUUAAGUAUUUGACUCUUACCACUAAUGUAAACAAGAAAAUGUAGCUAGCUCGGUAGAUAGCUAUAGGUUUCAAAAGCGUGUUGAUUAUCAAGCAUGCAUGACAAAUAAAAUGUGAAAGAUAAAAUUUUCCCAGUGUUGAUACUUUCUGGUGUUUAGGUUUGCCAGUUUCCCAAUUUACUAGGCUCACCUGUAAUUUCUGCCUCCAGAGCACUAAUGCCUAAGUUUUAUUUUAGUUUUUUCCCCUAGAAGUUCACAGUAAUGGCUCAAUUUUUAUUGCUAUAGUAAAAGUCUACUUUCUUCAGAAGGAUGUUUUCCUAGAUUUGUGCGAGUAUAGAUGGGAAAAAACAAAAUGUUCUACUUUACAAGUUAUAAGUAAGUGCCAAUAAGUGUUGAAUAAGUGUCUAAAAGGUUUGCCCCAAAACACAACAAACAUGUCAUCCUAAACUCGACACACACAUUGGAUAAUGUCUUUUGAGAGGAGACUGUAACUGCACAGCACCCACAAACUCUUGAUUGGGAAAAUGCCUUACCUCCUUAAAAUGAUUUUAAAGCUCUUUGUGUUUCAUGUGAUUUCAAAUGGACCAGUUUUUUGUAUUUACUUUUCAUAUGAUGCAAUUAAGGGAUUUUGUGUGUACGACAAUAUGUGUUGUCUUUUCAGGUUUUGUCCACCAGGCACCUCUUUUAUUUUAGUAGCAGCUUUUAACGAAUGCAUUUAAAUAACAGACAGGUCAUGAUAUUUCUGAUCUGUAACACUAAGAGGUUGCUGAGCUGUUGGGACCUUUUUAAUAAAGGGAAAGAAAAACUAUGAAAGAGGUUCCUGGUGGACACACAGCCUUACUUUAUUCACAGGAUUUGCACUUUGUGCCAAUUCUCAGGUAUCUUCUUGUGUCAUACAAGGAUUGAAAAUUAUGUUUAUUUAUGUGUUACCCAUUGAUCUACCUUAUUGAGGUAUGUGUCCUCAGUUUUUAAAUGUCACCUUUGUUCAUUUUGAAAUAUCAAAUAGCAUGGUUAAUAUCUCAACAUAUGAGGUAAUCACCAUGGAAGUUACUAUUAGCUUUUUAUCCAUGUAAACAUCUUCGGUUCGUACUCUCAGGUCACUUGUAUAUAAUACUAUAUGAACGUUCACCCUUUAUACGUAAUGACUACAGAGGUAAAUCAAAACUAAGCCACAUCUUGUCUUGGUUGUAAUUUCUGACAACAAGUAGCACCAUCAUCCACAUUCAAGAUGAAAUGCACUUGUGCCUUAUUACAUUUACUUUAAAUGGUAUCAGACAAUUUAGGACUGUAGACUCAUUGUUUUGAUAAAGGAUUCCUGGUUUUUCUUAUUUCAGUUUUACAGUCAUGACUACAUGCAGAGAGUAAAGGGAAUUUUGUAUGAUGUGUACACUGUACCAAGAGCAAUCAUUGUAAACUUUAACCCUGGAAACAUUCCAGAAAUCUGUCUUAAAAUCACUGUCAUGUAUUAUAAAUACUUCAUCGUAAACAGUUAUGCUCAAAUCUGA